AUGGACGCUUAUCCAAUGUCUUACACUUCUCCAUCUCGCAGACACUCCUCACGGAUCUACCAGGAUCUCGCUAGAUAUCGACUAUCGAACCGAGCCUGUACAGAUGUCAAAAUUCAGCAACUCGUUGUCGAUUUCCAGAGCAAACUGCUUACCAGAAGUCACUCAACAACACCGGAAAUAUGUGUGGUAGGGGCUGGGCUAGCAGGGCUUCGAUGUGCAGACAUCUUGCUUCAGCAUGGAUUCAAAGUCACCGUACUCGAAGCUCGAGACAGGGUUGGAGGUCGUGCCCAUCAAGAAACUCUUCCAUCAGGUCAUCUGGUCGAUCUAGGUCCGAACUGGAUCCAUGGCACUGACCACAACCCCAUUCUUGAUCUUGCAAAGACCACCAAAACUGCAAUGCACACAUGGGGUGAGAAAUUUAAGGUCUUCGGCGCGGACGGCAACCUUCUUGGUGAAGGAAGAGAGUAUAACGACGUGAUGUGGAAAAUCAUUGCGCAGGCAUUCAAAUACUCAGCCCAAAAUACAUCCACAAUCAACCCGAAUGAAAGUCUCAAGGAUUUUUUUGAAAAGAAGCUCCUAGAAGAGUUUCCUGGACAAGCAGAUUUGGACAAGAAAGAAAUCCUUAUGCAAAUGGCUGAGCUGUGGGGCGCCUUUGUUGGAAGCCCUGUGUAUCGGCAGAGUUUGAAAUUCUUCUGGCUCGAAGAAUGUAUUGAUGGAGAGAACUUAUUCGCUGCUGGAACAUACAAGGAAAUUCUCGCCACUAUUGCUGCACCGGUACUGGCUGGCGCGAAAUUGGAACUUUCCACCAAGGUUACACACAUCAAGUCUUGCUCGGGUGUCAUCUCAAUUUCGACUGACAAUGGACGAAGCCUUGAAUUUGAUGAAGUUGUGGUAACCACACCUUUGGGCUGGCUGAAGAAGAACAAGCAUGUUUUUGAUCCUCCUCUUCCUCCAAGACUCUCCACUGCCAUUGAUUCCAUCGGCUAUGGCUCUCUGGAGAAGAUCUUCUUAACUUUUCCUCGUGCUUUCUGGCUCGAUACUCCGGAUAAACAGAAGUUCACUGGCUCUAUUCAAUGGCUUUCCCCCCAAUAUGCAAAGGAGACGAAUCCAGCCUGUUGGAACCAGGAGGUUGUAGAUCUUUCAACAUUGCCCGGCUCUUGUGCACAUCCCACACUAUUAUUCUAUAUGUAUGGCGAUCAGUCAGUUGCGAUGGCUGGCGAGCUUGCUUUACGAAAUGAACGAGAACAACGAGAUAAAUACCUUGUGGAAUUUUUCAAGCCUUAUUUCUCUCGACUGCCCAACUAUAAGGAGGGUUCGAAGGAUUGUAUGCCAGUUUCGUGUCUUGCAACAACUUGGGUGUUAGAUGACCUCGCUGGAAAUGGUAGCUAUAGUACAUUCCGAACUGGCCUUCUUGAGGGUGAUCGAGACAUCGAAAUCAUGAGAGACGGACUUCCGGACAGAAACAUCUGGCUUGCUGGGGAACAUACCUCUCCAUUUGUAGCCCUCGGUACAUCCACUGGUGCAUACUGGAGCGGCGAGGCCGUGGGUUUGAGGAUUGCGGAUGCAUAUGGCAAAACUGCGAGAGACGGCGGUGACCAGCAUGAAGCUUCAAAGCUCACUACUGGCGAUUCUGACAAGGAGGUCAACAUCAGAGGUUUUGCUGACAAGGAGUUGGAUGAAAGCUAA